AUGUCUCAAAUAAACCCAAAACAACAAAACCAAAUCAAACCAAACCAAAAUGAUAACAUCAACAACACAACGUCCGAAACGACUUUCCCUCAGUAUCUCCUUAUAUCAGCGAAGGAGACUGGGAAGAAAAUAUCAUCGCUAUCACCCAUCAUCAUCCAAAAAACUAUUAAAGGAUGCAUUGGUACUGCCAAAUCCGUCAAGCCCUUGAGAUCGGGAGACCUCCUUGUUGAGGUUUUCCGCAAGCAGCAGGCAGAUAAUCUCCUGAAGUUGUCGGAAUUUUCUAGGAUCAGUGUCCAUGUUAGGGCCCAUCAGUCCCUCAAUUUCAGUAAGGGGGUAAUCAGAUGCCCUGCCUUGCAGAACGACACUGACGCAGAGAUUCUGCAAUACUUCAAGUCGGAGAAUAUCCCGAUCUCAGAGGUGAGGCGGAUCAAAAUAAAAGGACAGACAGUAAAAACCAAUACUUUCGUCCUCACGUUCGCAGUGCCAAACCUUCCUUCAUCGGUAAUGGUAGGUUACAUGAGAUGUAACGUCUCGCCCUACAUACCGAAUCCUCUACGAUGUCGUAACUGCCAGAGAUACGGCCAUCAUGAGGACAGAUGCAGGCGAAGGGAGGUUUGCGAACACUGCGGACGAGAGGGCCAUAACGACACGGAUAGCUGUGAUAUCACCGGCAAACGAUGUCCAAAUUGCAAGGGCAACCACGCGGCGUCAUCUCGAGACUGCCUUUCCUGGAAGAAGGAAAGGGAAGUUCUGCGGGUAAAGUAUACCCGUAACAUUUCCUUCCCUGACGCCAGGAGGGUGGUCGAGAGUAAUGACCCCGCUGCGUUGUCAUAUGCAUCUGUAACAAAAUCAAAAACGCAACAGAACACAAUCACUGUUAGCGAUGCAAAGGUACAAGCCUACUUUGACAAGCCAGCUUUCGGUGCGGAGGUACCACCUUUGAUGGACGAUUCUUUUCGGUACGACGUUCUUGCGGACGACAGUGAGUUUGGUGACAGCAAUGCUGCUGUUACCAGACAACCUACACCAAGUAGUCCUGUCAGUCCAAAGAGCGUCCAUCACGAACCUGGAUAG